UAUGCUUCUAGCUUGUGCAUACAAAAUUGUAUUUUUCCUGCCAAAUGUUAAAGACUGAGUGUCAUCUUAAUUGUCUGAUGUAACUACUGUGUCAAAUGUUAGAUGGUUGGCACGUGCAAGUUCUUUGAACACUGCAUUUAAACCUUUUAGUUGAUCAUUACUUUCUCUCAAGCUUAGUAUCUAUUCGGCUUUAUUAAUCAUAAUUUACUAGUUUCUAUUAGGGGGUUGUCAAUUGACGUGAUCAAGAUUCCAUAUUUUUGAAAGAAAAGCGAAAAAGAAAAAUUGACAACAACUGUUCGUGAUAUUUAUGUUGCAGAAGUGUUCAAAAUGUACACCUAGAGAAGUUCAAACCUACUAACAUUUGUUGGCCUACUGUCUAUUUAGUCCUAUCUAUCAAAUUAUUCAUUACUCUCUUCCUGCUCCCUUAUUUAUGAUUAUUAUAAUUUUAAUUGUCAUGUUAGACCAAUAGAAUAACCCUUCCCUGACACUUGGAAAGUGAAAAUCUGAAAUUGUUUUCCAGAAUGGUCCUUGAGAUGAAGAUUUCAUGAAUGAACUACUCUUUGCUCAGAGAUUUGUCAACAAGAAAUGAGGUUUGGAAAGGAAGCUGCAAUUGCCUUCCUCAUUAGCUUGGUCUGGAUACAGCAAAUUGCUGGCGAUGAAGGACGAAAUGCAUCAGUAACAAGUAAAUGGACCUGCAGCUGUCUCGCCAACCAGAGUUCUGUUGUUCCUGAAAACUGUUCAUCAUCCUGUGAUUGCACUCUUGCAGACAAAUCAAGCAAGAACAGAUGGAUAUGCAUAUGUGCAGCUGAUGGUUUACCUAGAGUGGCUGCUGCUAAUAGUUAUAGCAGCUGUUUUACAGCCUGUGAUUGCCAUUAUGGAACUCAACUUGAAAAGCAGUCACCAAAGAAGAGGAUAUCGAGCAAGGUCAUUUUGGUCAUUCUCGUACUAUGUGCAACCGUCAUUAUGCUUGGAUUUAUUGUUUUGAUGCUGUGCUAUGUCUAUAGAAAGGAUAAAUAUUCUAUUCAACGACCUCUAUUUUCAUCAGACAAAGAAACAAGUUACAACAGUGCUACCAACUUAAUACUAAGCCAAGGAACUUCAAUUGCAGAACAUGGACAAUACAUUGGUUCCUCCAACUGUGUUACAGGUUGUGUUCCCAAAGCAUCUAUUCUGUUCAAAAGAAAGUCCGGAGUAUUUUAUGGGACGAUUAUUCAAUUUUCUUAUGCUGACUUAGAGACCGCAACAAAUAAGUUCUCUGAUUCCAAUUUGAUCGGGGUGGGAGGAAGCAGCCAUGUGUACCGUGGUUAUCUCAGAACUGGAAGAACUGUUGCAAUUAAGCGAAUAAAAACUCAGGCAGGACAGGACACUGACUCUGCUUUCUUGACGGAGAUAGAACUCAUAUCAAGACUUCAUCAUUGUCAUGUGGUUCCAUUGCUUGGAUACUGCUCUGAACACCAUGGGAAACAUGCUGAGAGGCUACUUAUUUUCGAGUUCAUGGCAAAUGGCAAUCUGAGAGAUUGUCUGGAUGGAGCAUCAGGGAGACACCUCAAUUGGAGUACACGGGUCGCUGUUGCUUUUGGAGCUGCACGUGGCUUGGAGUAUCUCCAUGAAGCAGCUGCACCAAGAAUUUUACACCGAGAUGUUAAAUCCACUAAUGUUCUAUUGGAUGAGAACUAUAGAGCAAAGAUUACUGAUCUUGGCAUGGCAAAACACCUUCAAAAUGAUGGUAUUCCUAGCGGUUCCAGUUCUCCUGCUCGGAUGCAGGGCACAUUUGGCUAUUUUGCACCUGAAUAUGCAAUAGUUGGAAGAGCUUCUUUGAAGUCAGAUGUUUUCAGUUUUGGGGUUGUGCUCCUUGAACUGAUAACUGGACGAAAACCAAUACAUAAGUCAGCUAAUAAAGCAGAAGAGAGCCUCGUGAUAUGGGCAACCCCUCGUCUGCUAGACAGUAGGCGUGUGGUCUUAGAGUUGCCAGACCCAAAUUUGAAAGGAGAAUUUGAAGAAGAGGAGAUGCAGGUAAUGGCUUACUUGGCUAAGGAGUGUCUUCUAUUGGACCCAGAUUCUCGGCCAACGAUGAGUGAGGUUGUUCAAAUUUUGUCAACUAUUGCCCCAGAAACAUCUAAAAGGAAACACUUCUCGAGAGAUGAGUUCAAGGGCUCGUUUAGUUAUGAUGGCAAGAGUACUUAUGGAGAAAGUCCCGGCUUUGUUGAAGCUGAGGAGAUCAAGCAGAUCACGUCUGAGAAUCGCUCAGCUCACUAUUUGUUGUCGCCACAUUGUGAGUUCAAUCAUUGUGGUGAAACUAGUGAUCAGAAAGAGCAUGUUAUUCCUGCUGCAUAUGUAGAGAAACUACUUCGCCAGAGCUCAAAUUCCCGAAGUUGGAGCUUGCAAGAUGAUGAAGCAGUGGAUUUAACUGAACCGCGGUUUGAGAAAUUUCAUAUGCCAACUGUUAGAUCCCCAGGAAACAACGUAGGUGUUGUAGGAAAAUAGCAGCUUUCUCUUAGCUUUGGUUGUUUGAGGACAGUACAUAUGAAGAAAUACUGAGGGAGUCAUGGUUUCCUCAUCUUUUCGCGUCUUAGCAUUCGAGAAUCACAGGUUGGUUAAAAGAUUACACAUAUAAGGCAGCUGAUUUCAUUUUUUUCUAUUGAUGUAAGGCAAAUUUACAAGAAAUUUUCUAGUCGUAUUUCUUUUGUAAAUUAUCCUAGUUAGAUAUGCAAUUCUAGAAAAAAGGAUAUAAAUUUACACAUGUUACUGUCAGAAAUUGGAAAUUGUAAGACUUUUGAACUCUUCCUACUGCAGUUGAUCCAUCAAUGUUGAACUGUCAAGUAGAGUAA